AUGGAAAAAAAAGGUUUCCAACCUGACGUUAUAGCAUACAACAUAGUCCUUGACAGUUUUUGUAAGGAUAGGCUACCAACUGAAGCUUUGAUGUUGUUUUCUGAAAUGAGAGGUAGGGGCAUUCAAACUGAUUUUAUCACUUACAAUUCCUUGAUUCAUGGAAUGUGUAACUUAGGUCAAUUGAAGGAGGUUGCAAGAUUAAUGGUCCAAAUGGUAGCGACCAAUAUCACACCUAAUAUUGUCACUUAUAAUUUAUUAGUUAGUGCAUGUCGUAAAGAGGGAAAUGUUUCUAAGGCUAAAGAUACUGUUGAAAUAAUGAGAAGAAAAAGAGUUAAGCAAAAUAUUAUCACAUACAAUUUACGCUAUCAUCAAGGAUAUUAUUUGCAAAGGAAAAUGGAAGAAGCAAGAAAAGUAUUUGAGGUGAUGAUUGAUGAGGAUUAUGCACCUGAUUCAUGUAUAAAUACUAUCAUAAUCAAAGGAUAUUGCAAACUUAAGAGUUUAAAUGAGUUAAAGCUUGAUGCUCAAAGCUACAUUGUAGUGAUUAAGGGACUGUCAAGUGAAGCUUUUGACUUGCACAGAAAAAUGGAAGAUGAUGGUUGCUUGCCAAAUAGUUGUUUUUAUAGUACAAUGAUCCGGGGGUUUCUUGCAAACAAUAAUGCCUCAAUGAAAAUACAUGUGCAAUAUCACUUGAAUAGUCUACAAUUCCCUAGUAUCCGGCCAACUUGUGAUCAUGAGCAAGUCGUCUUUGCAAAGAAUUGA